UAUCUUAGUGACCUGAAUAAACCAAAGAAAUAUGUCAAAAAAGUUUGUAUUCAAAGCAGUUCCAAAGAACUUUUUUCAUCUGAUCAAUAAAAAGAUAAACAGCUUCAUCUGUCAAACUCAUUUGGGUAUUUAUCCAUCCACCAAGAAUACACCAUGAAAUAAAUUGUUGAGCAACGUAUCAUGAAUCUAACCGUAACAUCCACGUUGUGUCCAUAACAUACCCGUACAAUAUUCCAUGCUACACUUGUAAUAACAAUGAAAAAAUUUCAACUUCCAAAAUACGACUGCAAGAAAGUGACAGAUCCAUGUAAAAUUUGUUUGCAAACAGUUUCGCCGCACACGGGGCUGCAAUGUCAAGGAGCCUGCGAGUCCUGGGUACACUACGAGUGUCUUAACUACACUCCUGGCAAGAUCAAAGACAUUGAAGAGGGGAUCAUUACUGUAACGUGCCCGUGCCCGGAUUGCAAGACGACUGUACCGAAGGAAUUUCUGACGGAAGAGAAUUACACUUGCAACAACGUCCAAUGUCCAGCGAACAAUCCACCGUCGUGCGAUUCCCCGUAUUGUCAGGCUAACGAGAUGACGAGGCAGAUGCCUGCGCGAUGUCCACCGCCAGGGACGUUGAGGUCAUGUGGGCUGGUGACUUGUCGAGAGUAUAGUGGCCCGACGGCUUACAGGGCAUCUAAGGCGGACGCUUGUAUGGAAGGGAACACGCUGAGAACUUGCGCUCCCCCGCUAUCCCUUGCCGAGCAUCUAUCACCGCCGGUGGAGCAGAUCCCUCCACCUCCUCCCCCCACUUAUGGUCCUGUGACUGCUGCUAACCACGCCGCUGCGUGUCCACCAGCGGAGGUGAUGCAGCAAAUGUGUAAGACAGUCGGCGAUCUGGCUGAACAACUAAAUCUACUGAUGGAAAACAUCAAGAGCCUUGAAAGAGGGAAAUAGACGAAUGAAUUAUUUAGCAACCUGAUCAAUAGAGCGAUCCCUGGAUCAAUUACAAAUAGUAUGUUCGCCAUUAGGGACACAACUUUUAAUUACAGCAAACAGACAGACAGAUAAAAUUCCAGCAACAUAAGCUUCAAGCUUAUGAUUUAUCUUCGGAACAAUUGUGUAUAAGUAAAUGUACUUCCCUGUAAUUUAUUGUUUAAGUUUAAACCUAUUCGUCCAAUUCAUGCUAGCAGCUUGUUUGAUGGUACACAGCAGUCCACAUCACAUGUUAAGCCAAUCUUGUUUUUCCUUUACUUGGCAUUCCUGGAAAUCGUUAAAAAGUUCGAUGUAGAUGGUGGUCUUCAGAUUGUUACCAGAUAUAAACUAC